CUUUGGUUAGUCUAUCAUCUUAUAUCUCAGUACCUGAGCGCCGGCGGGAAAGCCAUUCGAGAUCUCCGAGGAGCGUUCGAGACACACCUGCUUCGCUCAAAUGGCGGAUUCUGAAAACCCAUCGACACCCGGUUCCCCCACGUCCGCUGGGUUCAGUACAGACCGUCUCCCUCCCAACACCAGUCGCACCUCUGAAACUUACUCAGAUGAGGAUGAGGCAGCUGUUGAUCCAGAGAUCAUCAGGGACGAGCCCGAAGACGGCGACGCAGAAGAAGACGAAGGAGAGGAUCUCUUCGAAAAUUACAUGGAGGACUAUCGGCCGAUGGAAGAGCUGGAUCAGUACGAAUCAGUUGGACUUGAUGAUUCAAUGGAGGAUGAGAGGGAUUUGGAUCAAAUCAUGGAGGAUAGGAGGGCGGCUGAGAUCGAGCUCGACGCUAAAGAUGGACGUAAGAGCAACCGGAAGCUCCCUCAGCUUCUGCACGACCAAGAUACAGACGAGGAUGGUAACUAUAGGCCUUCAAAAAGGUCUAGGGCUGAUUUUAGGCCUCCAAGAGUACCAAGAAGCUAUGAUGAUGCUGAUGGAAUGCAGAGUUCCCCAGGAAGAUCGCAGCGGGGACAUUCUAGAGAUGAUGUUCCAAUCACCGAUCAGACAGAUGAUGAGCCCUACGAGGAUGAAGAUGAUGAUGAUGGAGAGUUUGAGAUGUACCGUGUCCAAGGAACUCUAAGAGAGUGGGUUACCAGGGAUGAAGUGCGCCGGUUCAUCGCCAAGAAAUUUAAGGAGUUCUUGCUAACAUAUGUUAACCCAAAGAAUGAGCAAGGGGACUUUGAAUAUGUACGGCUGAUAAAUGAGAUGGUCUUAGCUGAUGGGUGCAGCUUGGAGAUUGAUUACAAGCAAUUCAUCUACAUUCAUCCCAACAUUGCUAUUUGGCUGGCUGAUGCUCCCCAGUCUGUCUUGGAGGUCAUGGAAGAAGUUGCUAAAAAUGUUGUGUUUGAUCUACACCCUAAUUACAAGAAUAUUCAUCAAAAGAUCUAUGUCCGGAUAACCAACUUACCGGUAUACGAUCAGAUACGCAACAUAAGGCAGAUCCAUUUGAAUACCAUGAUUCGUAUUGGAGGAGUAGUAACCCGACGAACUGGGGUUUUCCCUCAGUUGCAGCAGGUUAAGUAUGAUUGCAACAAAUGUGGUGCAGUUCUUGGGCCAUUCUUCCAGAACUCGUAUUCAGAAGUCAAGGUGGGAUCUUGUCCUGAAUGCCAAUCUAAAGGUCCAUUCACCGUUAACAUUGAGCAGACAAUCUACAGGAACUAUCAAAAGCUCACCCUUCAGGAAAGCCCUGGAAUUGUCCCUGCUGGUAGACUUCCAAGAUACAAGGAAGUGAUUCUCUUGAAUGAUCUAAUUGACUGUGCACGCCCUGGGGAAGAAAUUGAGGUCACAGGCAUAUACACGAACAACUUUGACUUAUCUUUAAACACAAAAAAUGGGUUUCCUGUUUUUGCCACUGUGGUUGAAGCGAACUACGUCACCAAAAAGCAAGAUCUCUUUUCGGCUUACAAACUCACCCAAGAAGACAAAGAAGAGAUUGAAAAGUUGGCCAAGGACCCUAGGAUUGGAGAAAGGGUUAUCAAGUCCAUUGCACCAUCUAUCUAUGGCCAUGAGGACAUAAAAACAGCAAUUGCUCUAGCAAUGUUUGGAGGUCAGGAAAAGAAUGUUGAAGGGAAACAUCGGUUGCGAGGAGACAUAAAUGUACUCCUCCUAGGAGACCCAGGAACGGCCAAGUCACAGUUCCUCAAGUACGUAGAAAAGACGGGGCAAAGGGCUGUGUAUACAACUGGCAAAGGAGCUUCUGCUGUUGGACUAACAGCUGCUGUGCACAAGGACCCUGUCACACGAGAGUGGACCCUUGAAGGAGGAGCCCUUGUCUUAGCUGAUAGAGGGAUCUGUCUUAUUGAUGAGUUUGACAAGAUGAAUGAUCAGGACAGAGUGAGUAUCCAUGAAGCAAUGGAACAGCAAAGCAUUAGCAUAUCAAAGGCUGGGAUUGUCACGUCUCUACAGGCUCGUUGCUCUGUCAUUGCUGCUGCAAAUCCAGUUGGAGGAAGGUAUGACUCUUCAAAGACCUUUUCACAAAAUGUUGAGCUGACCGAUCCAAUUGUCUCACGUUUUGAUAUCCUUUGUGUUGUUAAGGAUGUGGUUGAUCCAGUCACUGAUGAAAUGCUUGCCAAAUUCGUUGUUGAGAGCCACUUCAAGUCACAGCCCAAAGGAGCUAACAUGGAUGACAAGUCUGUUAGCAAUUCAAUAGAAGAUCCUCCAGCCUCUGUGAGGCCUGUUGAUCCGGAGAUACUCUCUCAAAAUAUGCUGAAGAAGUACAUAACUUAUGCCAAGUUGCAUGUGUUUCCAAGAUUGCAUGAUGCUGAUUUGGAUAAGCUAAUGCAUGUUUAUGCUGAACUGCGUAGAGAGUCUUCGCAUGGACAAGGUGUCCCCAUAGCAGUGAGGCACAUAGAAUCAAUGAUACGGAUGUCAGAAGCGCAUGCAAGAAUGCACCUUAGACAGCAUGUGACGCAGGAAGAUGUAGAUAUGGCAAUACGAGUGCUACUUGAUUCCUUCAUUUCAACACAGAAGUUUGGCGUCCAGAAAGCUCUCCAAAAGAGCUUUAGAAAGUACAUGACAUUCAAAAGGGAGUACAAUGACUUCCUCCUCUAUCUUCUCCGAGGGCUCGUGAAAGAUGCAUUGUACUUCGAAGAACUGGUAUCUGGGUCGACUGCAGGGCUUAACCAGGUUGAGGUUAAGGUGGAAGAGCUGCGGAACAAGGCACAGGAUUAUGAAAUCUAUGAUUUGAAGCCCUUUUUCUCCAGCACACAGUUCUCAAGAGCCAACUUUGAGUUGGAUGAAGAGCGAAAGAUAAUAAAACAUCAUCUUGCAAGAUGAGGAAGGACAAGAUCUAAACAUACAAGUUUUACGUGGAAGAUUUUAGUUUCGUGAAGUUCUUCCAAUAAAACUCUCAUUAAAAGUUUGGGCUUGACAGACUAGGUUGUUGAGAAAAAAGUGCAACCAAAGCUCUCAGACCUGAUUAGUUCUGUUGGCUGCUUGAACUCAAUCUCACCAGUAUCUGGACCAACAGGCUGUUAUUCCGGAAGUUGAUGCGCAAUGACUAUACAGUUAAUAUCUUAAUAUCAUUCAUUGCUUGUUAAAGUAUAGAUUUUGCAUUGUUGUGUAGCUGAACUUUAUUAAGUGUAAUGAGUAAUGACUGGCUGUAAC